UUGACCCAUAUUGGUACUAAUAUUACAUAAUAACAUAAGUACUUGUUUGGAGUUCGUCCGCACUGUGACGAGUCAGUCACACUUUAUCAUCUUCCGUAUUCAGUUUAGGUUCAAUUCUUGACGAAUCUUAUUUGAAUGAGUGUUAUCUAACACCACAGUAUGUAAAUCAUUGUAACUAAACCGUCCUUAUCAAAAAUUGGUGUUACCGAUAAAAUAUAAAUAGUUUAGAACUGUCUGGUUCGGUUCAUUCUUUUAUUAGUAAAGUCACGAUGAAGAUCUUUUUGGCCUUGGUAUCACUAGUCGUCACAUUCCACAAUGCAAACAGUGCCAAAAUUUUGGGGGUGUUUUCAAUGCCGUCCCGCAGUCACCACCGCCUAGGAAGUUCGUUGAUGAAAGGUCUGGCGGAACAAGGUCACGAUGUCACCAUAAUCACACCCUAUAUUGAGAAGGAUCUCCCCAAAAAGGGUUCUUACCGACAAAUCGCACUAACAGGAUUCGAAGAAGCACACGAAGUGCGUCGCAAGGAAAUGAAAAUGUUUGAAAUGGAAGACCAGAACAUUUUCCUACUUCUCCCAUUUUUCCUCAAUCUUCUCCAUGAAAUGACGGAAGUGGCGCUCAAUCACACCAACGUCCAAAAUCUUCUAAAUUCUGGGGAGAAGUUUGACGCUGUCAUAGUAGAACAGUUUAUGAAUGAAGCGCACAAAGGGUUCGCCACUCAUUUCGAUGCCCCUUUGAUUCUGCUAAGUACGAUUGGGGCUAACAUUUGGGUUAACAUGUUGGUGGCUAACCCAGCACCUACAGCGUACGUACCAGACGCUUUGCUUAGUUAUUCCAGUCAGAUGACGUUCUGGCAACGGUUAACCAACACAGCGUUCCAGGUUUACAGUCACGUUUUGUACCAUUGGUUUGCUUUCCCAGGACAAGCUAAACUCUAUAGUCGCUAUUUUCCGACUAGUCCACCUUUUUACGAUACUCUCUACAACGCGUCUAUAGUUUUGCUCAACUCCCAUCCCAGUCUAAGUCAAGCUGUACCCUACGUACCCAACAUGAUCGAUAUUGGUGGUUUUCACGUACAAACCACAAAAAAGCUACCACACGACUUGCAAAAGUUCCUAGACGAGUCCAAAGAAGGCGUCAUUUAUUUCAGUAUGGGUUCAAAUCUGAGAAGCUCGGAACUACCGGCUGAGAAACGUGACGCUUUUUUGAACGCUUUUGCGAAACUGAAGUUGAAGAUUUUGUGGAAGUGGGAAGAGGAUGUUCUUCCAGGUCAGCCGAAAAACGUGAAACUGGGGAAGUGGUUGCCACAACAAGAGAUUCUAGCGCAUCCAAAUGUCAAACUUUUUAUCACCCAUGGUGGUCUGCUGAGUACCACGGAGACGAUUUAUCAUGGAGUUCCCGUUCUGGUUAUACCCGUAGCGGCUGACCAGAAAUUGAACUCCCAUCGGAUUGUUAACGAAGGGUUUGGUCUCGCUUUAGGGUACAAAGAAAUUUCUGAAAAUGCUUUAACACAAAAGAUAAAUGAACUAUUGAAUAAUCCUAGGUACACUAAUAACGCUAAACAACGGUCAAAGCUUUUCCACGAUCGACUCGUAGGACCCAUGGAAACCGCGGUUUACUGGGUGGAGCACGUAAUUCGUCAUGGAGGUGCCCCCCAUUUAAAAGUGGCAGGUGUGGAUCUACCGUGGUACAAAUACAUGCUGGUGGACGUCGGACUGUUCAUUUUGACAACUCUAGUAUUUAGUUUGUUUGUAUUUUGCAAAAUUACGAAAUCAAUAUUUUCGUUAUGUUCGAAACCAAAGGUUCAGAAGUUGAAACGAUCUUGAUCUGUUAAAUAUUUUUGUUUGAAUAAAAUUUCUUAUUCAAUGAAA